GGUUGCGGUCAUCCCUUUCUUAUUAGUAUACAUGCUGCUGAAGCAACCACUGGGUGUGGAGUUAGGGAGCAUCUGGCUCUCACCCUGUGGUGGAGCCUGGGGGCUGCUCUCUGCAGUAGGAUAACUCCUCCUGUUUCCUUUCUGCUGUGCUGAGUCCCUCUUAAAUAUGCACAUGGACAUGCAGAGACUCAUCCCCGGCUGUUUGGGUCUGUUCUUGCCCUGCCCACUCACCACCAAUUCCACCCAGCAGGGAAGGGACAGGCAGUCCAUCCAUACCCCUCCCUCCAAGUGUGGGCGUGAGCACACAGCCAGAGGCCCCUGAAAAGUACACAGCCCCAGAGCCUCCUGCCGAGAGCCUGCCGUGGCACCUGCCAGUCUGGCAGGUACCUGCUGGCCCCUCCACCCCGCACCACCAACCUCUGCUGCUCUGCAAUGCCCACAUCCAAUAUCUCGGUCCCACUGCCUAUGUUCUUCUGGAUCAAUGGCUCUGGAGGUGGGGUGUUGGGUGCUGAUGAUGCCACACUGCCUGUUGAAUUCUUCGCCCUGAGAAUCAUGGUGGCCCUGGCCUAUGGGCUAGUGGGGGCCAUCGGCUUGCUGGGGAACUUGGCUGUGCUGUGGGUGCUGGGUAACUGUGGUGCCCGGCGAGUCUCUGGUCCACCUUCUGACACCUUCAUCUUCAGCUUGGCUCUGGCAGACCUGGGGUUGGCGCUUACUUUGCCCUUCUGGGCAGCCGAGUCAGCACUGGACUUCCACUGGCCUUUUGGAAGCGCCCUCUGCAAGAUGAUCCUGACGGCCACCGUCCUCAAUGUCUACGCCAGCAUCUUCCUCAUCACGGCCCUGAGUGUUGCCAGGUACUGGCUCGUGGCCAUGGCUGCAGGGCCACGCACCCCCCUCUCACUCUUCUGGGCCCGUGUAGCCACCUUAGCAGUAUGGGUGGCAGCAGCCGUGGUGACCUUGCCCACAGCCAUCUUUGGGGCUGAGGGUGAGGUAUGGGGUGUGCGCCUCUGCCUGCUGCGCUUCCCCAGCAGAUACUGGCAGGGGGCCUACCAGCUGCAGAGGGUGAUCCUUGCCUUUGUGCUGCCCUUGGCCAUAAUCACCACCAGCUACCUGCUGCUAGUGACUUUCCUGCGGAGGCGGCAACGGCAGCGGCGGGAUAGUAGAGUAGUGGCCCGCUCUGUCCGUAUCCUGGUGGCCUGCUUCUUCCUUUGCUGGUUUCCCAACCAUGUGGUCACUCUCUGGGGUGUCCUGGUGAAGUUUGACCUGGUGUCCUGGAACAGAACUUUCUACACUGUUCAUACCUACAUCUUCCCUGUCACUACCUGCCUGGCACACAGCAACAGCUGCCUCAACCCUGUGCUGUACUGUCUGCUGCGGCGAGAGCCACGCCAGGCUCUGGCAGACACCUUCAGGGAUCUGCGAUCCAGGCUGUGGCCCCAGGGCCCCGGCUGGCUGUAGCAGGUGGUCCUAAAGGAGGACCUGCCAGGCACAGGAUCCACACAUCUAGGGAGAGGCUGCCAUCUCAGCCAGGCCCAUGGAAAUUCUGAUCUCCAACCACCAACUCUGGAUGCAGGGCCCAGGUUGGGGCUGGGUGUGACAAAGCUUAAGUCUCUAUUUGGAGGUGGAAAAGAAGCUCAGAAUAAACUUCUGGAUUACCCACAAAUUGUCUGGUCUAUUUAUUUUUGAGACA